AUGCCGCGCACUCCCAAGUGGAUCCCGUGUGCCUGUGGGUACCACUGGGCCUGGAAACGCCAGGACGGUCGCACCAAAGGCAAGGGUAAAGGAGAAGGCAAGGGUUCCAAGAACCCUCCAGGUGGCAAAGUCGGUGCGGUACUUGCGGGUCUUUGGAAAGACCUCCCUGAGGCUGCCCAGAAAGCCUUCCAGGAGGUCGGGUACAGCCCACCUCGGCCGAAAGGGCCACCGCCUCCCCCGCCAGGACUGGACCUCCAGUCCCUCCUUAAGGGUAGGAUGACCGAGAAGGAGUACAACGCUGCCAGGGCCGUGGUCUACGCGGGGGCAGGGCUCCACGUCCAGACCCUUUUGGAGGCCGCGGGAAUCCCCCCUCCACCAGAUGAGGACCUCGACCAGCCAGAACCCACGCCCCAGGAGAAGCUGACCAGGUGUGUCAGCGACUUCAAGAAGGCCACCAACCAGAUGAAGAAUCUGGUAGAGAAAAAGGCCAAGCUCCAGGCACGAGCGGACAAGCUCAAGCAGGAGCUGGAAAAGCUUAUUGGGGACGUGGACCAGGUUGACAAGGACAUCAAGGCCAAGGAUGUUGAGAUCCAGGAGACGGCCAAGGCUUUCAAAGAGAUGACGGCGGACUCCACCAGCACCGCUUUCAGCGCCCUAGAGGCGGUUCUCUCGGAGGCCGGCCACGAGCUCAACGAGGCCACCCGGGCCAAGAUGAAGGCAGCCCUGGUCGGGAAGGAGGACCUCCCCCCGGAUCCCUUCAUUGUGAAUUUCAGAGGGCAUGAUGAGUACUUCCCUCGGGAGAUGCCCCCCAUGUACGGCCCUGCCCGCACCGACCCGCAUGGGAAGCGUCCCACACCUUUGGAAGGGCAGAUUUUGCAAGGGCAGCCGCCCAACCAGGGUGUCCUCACGCCAACGUGUUCGGACAACCAGAGAGCCUCCCGCCCCAAGUGGUACCUUGGAGGUGCUGCCAAGGGGCUCACAGCGCGGCUCACGGCCUACGUCGGCGGCGUAAAGCGCAGCAUGACUUCCUCUGGGAGUCCACUCGAAAACAUCGCGCUGCCCACCGGGAAGCGACGGCCUGGCUCCCGGGGGAAUGUGGGCAAGCCCCUCCCAAGCCUCAAGCCUGAGGCAAAUACAGUUCAGGCCCUUGCUGCAGGGCUUGCGGAUGAGCUCAGGGUGAACCAAGACUGGAGCAAAUCGGAACCCCAGGCGCUGGCCCUUGCUGAGGCCUUGGAAGGCACUGACGAGGCCAGCUUGGGCUACCGGGUCUCCUACGAGAUCCUCGAGGCCAUGCAAGGCCACUCAUGGUUGGACCCCAUCACCGCCGCGGCUUUCCUGGACGACCUUGCGACCCAGGAGCACCAGCGGUGCCAGGAGUCCGUUGUGUUUGUUAGUGCCAACAUCACAGCGUGGACUCCGGAUAUCCUCAAAUGGCACCAGCCGCAAAAAGGGCCCCUUCUCAUCCAGGAGCUGCACUUGGGAGAUGAAGGCUUUAGCCAGAGGGUACCAUACUUUCCUCCCCCCGGUUGA